AUGUACGGGCUGCUGUGCGAGAGCCUCCACGACUUCAUCAAGGAGUCGUACGGGGACGAUGUGUGGAAACUGGUCCGGGAGAGGGCGGAUGUCAGGCUACACUCGUUUGUCACUCACCAGGUCUACAGUGAGAGCGUCAUUCCUCGCAUCGCAAAAGCUGCCAGCGGAGUGACAGGAACACCUUACAAUGAGCUCAUGAACUCCUGGGGGGUCUACUUCCUCGGGUUUGUGGGAAAGUACGGAUAUGACAGGAUUUUGAAGGUGUUGGGUCGCCAUGUGCGCGACUUCGUGAACGGCCUGGACAACCUUCACGAAUAUCUGCGCUUCAGCUACCCAAAGGUCCAGCCUCCGACCUUCUUCUGCCAGGAGGAGUCCGCUACCGGGGUCACUCUGCACUACAGGAGCAAGAGAAAGGGCUACCUACACUACGCCAUGGGGCAGCUGCGGCAGAUGGGAAAGCAGUUCUAUGACACUGAUAUCCAUGUGGAGGUUUUGUCCGAGCAGAUGGUGGGAGAUUAUUCGCAUGUCACCAUGAGGUUGAACUUUGACAACUCUGCCUAUCGCUACAUCAUGAAAGAAGACGAGGAAGAGCAGGAGAUUCUUCCCAUCACCUCCGAUUUCUUCUUUGAGGUCUUCCCCUUUAACAUAGUCUUCAGGCAGGACAUGGUGGUGCACAACGUUGGGUCUGGACUUUCCACUGUCUUCCCUGACUUGGAUGGGAAAAAGAUCACCGAUGCUUUUUUGCUGGCUCGCCCCCUGGUGGAGUUCACAUGGAAUAUGAUUAUCUCCCACCCCAACAACUUGUUUGAGAUCAUGUCCAAGGAGCCGGUGAAGAGGGAGAGAAACCUGCAUAACCGCGUCCAGAAUUCAGACUACGAAAACGUAAACCGCUCGGCUGAUGUCGAUGUGGAGCUCAUGGCUUUCCAGUCCAUCAUUGGAGAUGACUAUAAAGAUGGUAACAGCGCUAAUGCGAUGGAGAGCUGGGGCGAUGGCAGCCGCUGCCUCAGACUCAAAGGACAGAUGAGAUACAUGCCAGAAUGGGAGUCCAUCAUCUUUCUUGGAACGCCUGUGAUGGAGAGCCUGAGCGCCAUGUUCAAGACAGGUCUGUACAUUAACGACCUUAGCAUGCACGACUCCAGCAGAGACCUGGUGCUGGCCGGGACACAGCAGUCUGAAGAACUGAAGAGAGCACUCAUACAGGAGCAGAAGAAGUCCAGUAAGUUGGAGGAGAGCAUGAAGAUGUUGGACUAUGAGAUGAAGAAGACAGAUGACCUCCUGUACCGCAUGAUCCCCAAGCCUGUGGCCAAGAGGCUGCGCAAAGGAGAGCCGGCUGUCAACACAUGUGAGGUGUUCCCAGAUGUGACCAUUCUGUUCAGUGAUGUCGUUGGCUUCACACGCAUCUGCAGCCACAUCACGCCCUUACAGGUGGUCUCCAUGCUCAACACCAUGUACACCCUGUUCGACACUCUGAGCGAGAAGCACCGAGUCUUUAAGGUGGAGACCAUCGGAGACGCCUACAUGGUUGUGGCUGGAGCUCCAGAAAAGACUAAAUAUCACGCCCACAACAUCUGUGACAUGGCUCUAGACAUGGUCCGCUCCAUCGACCACCUCAAAGACCCCUCCAACGGAAACAACAUUCAGAUCCGAGUCGGAAUCCACUCUGGAAUGGUGGUGGCAGGUGUGGUGGGCCAUAAGAUGCCACGGUAUGGUCUCCAUGGCGACACUGUCCACACUGCAUCUGCCAUGGAGAGCAACGGCAAGGAGAUGCACAUCCAGUUGAGCAGCGCAACUUAUGAGCACCUCAAAGGAAGCCACUUCAUUUUCGAGCGGAGAGGAAUCAUUACCAUCAAGGGCAACGUGGAGAUCGAGACAUACUGGCUGAAGGGGAAGCGAGACAAGGACGGCAACGCACAGGCUGCGUGUCCCCAGUUUGAGACGCAGACCAUCAGUAAAGCCAUCAGCAAAGCCACCAUCUCUGACCCCGAGGCCACGCGGGACGAGGAGGGGCUGGUUUUCCCUCUGGUCGCCGGCGAGGACGAGGACGAUGUGAAGUCUAUUCGCUCACACCGCAUCAAGAUGGAGAUAUCGGGUAAUUCUCUGGAGGAGUCCAUUGGGGAGUGCCAUGUCGAAGAAAUGUCUGUUCAUAAGUCCCAUUUUAAGGACGCACUGGAGGACGUGCUGGAGGACCCCCACCUGGAGAUGGACUCCCCCAUUCUGGACGGCCGGGAGUCGCUGACGCACUCUCGCAGCAGCUCGUGUGACUCCAGCUCCAAGAGUGCCAUCUUACCUGAAUUGGGCAGGUCUGAAGCUGAUUGCCACGACUCUCCUAUUGCGAGCCAGGAUGCAGACAAAGCCCAGCCUGACCUCAGCUUACCUGAAUUGGGCAGGUCUGAAGCUGAUUGCCACGACUCUCCUAUUGCGAGCCAGGAUGCAGACAAAGCCCAGCCUGACCUCAGCUUACCUGAAUUGGGCAGGUCUGAAGCUGAUUGCCACGACUCUCCUAUUGCGAGCCAGGGUAGUGAGUUUACAGCUUCUCGAACCCAGCAGGAACAUGUGAUGCCUCCAAUGCUACGAAGGACCAAAAGCAUUCAGUGGGGGAGCCAAACUGAGUAUGAUUCAGAAGAAUUGUGUGGCUUUACUUCAGACGAAAGCAAAAGCCUUGAUGACAUCAAUAUUGAGCCUGAAGACACCGUCGAGGCAGACAGCGGUGAGGACGAAAGCGACACUGAAGCUUUAGAUGACUCUGUGUCACAAGAAAGUGUAAUCUUAAGUCAGACUGAAGAGGAGACUGCAGAACCCAAUGAGAACUUUGAGAUUGGAACAAUGAAGCCUGAUGCAACACACCAGAAGCUCAAAGUCAACCAGAAGCUCAAAGUCAGCCAUUGA